AUGUUAUGCUAUGAGGAUGACACUCGUGUCAAGGCCCGCGGGAGCACCUUCUCGGAGGCGUCCCGCCUGGCUACGGUUGGCACGUCCCCCGUGGUAAAGAGGAUCCAGGCCUUGGGUCUAAGGGUUUCGGUUCCUAAAACUGAGGCCCUCCUUUUCCAUGGGCCACGAGAGGUCCACUACGAGGCAUUAGCUAUCGGAGGUCUCAGCGUGAUAUCGUGCUCUAAUGGAUUCAUGUACGGGCAAGUGGCUGGUGUCAUCGAUGCUCUGCAGAAGAAAGACGAAGGCAUUGACCUCAGCGAGGGACAAAUAUCAUUGAUAGCUUCGUCAUUAACCAUUACGUGCCUAAUAGGCUUCGGUUUAGCUGCUUACGCAACAGAUAAAAUCGGUAGGCGAUGGCCGUUUAUAAUCUUCUCAACAACAACUGUGCUCAACUGGAUCAUCCUGUACCACUCAUACGAAAUGUACCAGUUCAUGCUGUCGAGGGUUAUCGGGGGCAUUUCAGUGGGCGGUUUGGUUAGCUUGACUAUAUUUGUGCCAUCUGAGUAUACUCCACCGGUAACCAGAGCUUUUUACUUAAAUAUGGUGACAACUGUUGCGCCCGCCAUUGGAACUACUCUGGGGCAUUCUUUGGGCAUUAUUUUACAUUGGAGAAUAGUAGCAUUGAUCGGUAUUAUACCAGCCGCGUUGGGAAUUAUACUUCCUUACUUCUGGGUGGAAAGCCCGCACUGGUUGGCCUCGAAAGGGAGGUUCGACGAAUGCGAAACCGCAUUUCGACUAUUGCACGGCGAGAAGUUAAACUCCGAGAAGGAAUUAGGGAUGAUAAUCAAAAUGGAGACCAGCAAAUUGAAGACAGCAAACGAAACCAACAGUCAAGCAACAUUAAAAAGGUUGCUACUGGCGUUCAAGAAGAAAUACUUCUGGGGGUUGAUAUUAUUGAGCGUGUUCAUACACGCGUAUUUCGCUGCCGCUGGAAAAUUAAUUUUCAGUACAUUAGCAACUGUUAUAUUGAAAGAAAUCACUGGUACGUCGGAUGUGUUGCUUUACACAUUAUUAGUUGAUGGAUUCAUUAUUAUUGGAUCGUGUUUGUCUUGUGUAUUGAUCAGGAAGACUUCUAUGAGAGCUUUGCUGUUUUCAACUGGUUUCAUUGCAAAUGCUAUACUGGUUGUUUUCAGCGCUUGCUUUUAUUUCCAAAAUGGCGAAAGUUACUUUAACUGGAUCAACGUGACCUUGCUGGCAUUCUAUUUUAUAACCAUUAACGCAGGUCCGUACCCUUUACUGGAGGCUAUAUUCAGUGAAAUGUUUCCAUUGGAAUUAAAAGUGUACACUUUUACGUUAUCCGGUGUCAUACUUAUCGGAUCUUUGACGUUAACUAUAGUUUUAUUGCCUGUUAUGGUUAGUUCUAUCGGUUAUCACGGAUUGUUUUUGUUGAAUGCGGGAAUAAUGUCUGUGAGUCUGGGUUUUAUAUGGCUGAAGUUGCCGGAAACGAAGGGUAGAACUCUCCAAGAAAUUGAGAUGUACCUGAAGACCAACAAUUUUGAUAUUGAUGAAGUAAUCACGAAGGAGCAAUCGAAGGCUUUGAUUUAG